UCCGCCUCGCAUUCACAGACGAGCCCCGGAGCUUAGAAGUACGUCAGUUACUGUACUUUUCGCAAUGGCUCUGUCUUGACUGUGUGGCUUUUUUUCUUCUCUGAUGAGUAACUCCGCGCGUUGUUGAGACAUGUGUGAGUUUCUGAGGAAAGCCAGUUGACGCUACACCCGUGUUUUUUUCUUUUUUUUUUUUUUCUUCUUCCCCCUUUUCUUGUGGCUCCUGUUUCUGAAGCGGUCCACAGGCCUGAAACAUGCCGCUGCCGGACGGCUCUUUCGCGGCCCUUCUUCUCCUGGUGACCGGGGUUUCUGCUGUUUCUGGGUCCGUUCUACCUCCAACAAACGUGACCCUGAGCUGCCAGGAUUUCAAAGUCACAGCCAGCUGGGCGCACAGCCGACCACAAGCCAGCUUCAAGGUCAAGCUCAACUCCAAUAUACGUGAAGGGCUGCAUGGAAACCAGACCAGAGAGCAUCACUACGAUCUGAGCCACAUCUUCUGGGCACAGAACAGCUGCUUCAUGGACAUCUGCUUCGUCACGGUGACGGCCGUGGAGGGAGACGAGGAGUCUGAUGGAGUCGACUCCAACACGUUGUCCUUUGACGACCUAGAGACGUCGCUCAAGAGAUGCCGUUUAGGUUUUCCUCGGGUCGACGUCGAUGCUCAUGACUCCGGGGCCACAGUGAUGUUCUCCCACCCCGUCCGCUACUACAAGGAGCUGAAGGACAAGAAGCUGCCCAAAUUCAAAUUCAACGUCUCGAUAGAUACAGAGGACCAAACGCAAAAGAGACAAUUUGACGCAACGUGCAACGAUGAAGAAGACAUCUGCAAACUGGAUGUAACGUUCCCCGAGGGCUCGAAGAAGUGCGUCAAGCUGAGAGGAUGGUUGAAAGACCGUUUGGGUGUUGGAGAAAUUGUGUUCAGAGAGACGGACCGGAUCUGUGCCCCUCUUCUAACUGAAAUCCAGAAGAUAAUUCUUUUGGUUGUACUGCUGCUCAUCUUUGUCCUCGCCCUCGCUGCGAUAGUAGCUUACUUCUGUUUCACCAGUGCUUCCAGUGGAUCGGACAUGCCCGACUCUCUGAAAUUCGAAUGCACCGGGCAGGUAAUCGACGUCAAACAGCCCUUGAUUCCCAACCCCGAGCCCAGUGAAUACCUUAAAGUCAGUGUCGAGAAGAGGAAUUCUAAAGAACCAGAACUUACAGAGAGCAUCAGCAGCUGCAGGGAGAAUCCGGAAGAAGACAGGGCGUACGGGACAGACAGCUCUGCAGGUUCCCUGGAGAACGACGAGGCGGAGGGGAGCGGCUGGGAAGACCACUACGACCGCAGACAUCAGCCUCUAGAGCUGGACAUGGGAGACGGGGACAUGAUCGAGGGUUACAGGGGGUAGCGGACUGAGUCCAGGACGAGCUGGUUUGAGCUGAACUCGCGUCUUCCUGCCCUGUCGGAGAUUCAAGGGUCCGUCGAGCUUCCGUCCAGACGGAUCUGAACAUACGUUUACAUCACAGCCGUUUCAGACUGAUUUUAAUGGAAGAAAUAAAAACUGCAGUUUUUUUUUUUUUUUUUAACUUUUUGGAUUGUCUUUACUGAAGAAUCUAAGGAAACUUUACAAAGGAUUAUUUUUUAAUGAUCCAUUUUAAGAAACUCAGGGAAACUGAUCUUCUGGUCUUCAGCUCCCAGCUGGUUUCCGUGUGGUUACGAAGGACUCUGGUUGGAUCUCUGGGAACGUGACCCCACCUCAGCUCAUCUCUGUGGCAUUCAACGAGAUGCUGCUACUGGAUUUUGUUAGAGGGAUCGUUGAGCUAAAUGACACACAGACUCCUUACUUGCAUCAAGUAUUAAUCUUUUAUUUGCCCUGAUUUUAAUUGCUAUAUUUAAUUGUUAUAUGAUGGGAUUGACCGGUAGAAUAAUUGGAACUGUUUAUACCUGAAACACACCUGAAAUCUGACGUUGGAUUUUUUUUUUAAUGAAGAGGCAGCUCAUAGGGGGACUUUCCCCUCCCACGCUGAGAGCACCACGCCUCAAAAACAUACAUAUAAUAAUAGUAAUAAAAGCUCUAUUCAUCUGUCCACGGCUGGAAAAUCUGCUGCUUGACUGGUUCUCAGUGGGAGUGUUUGUUCCUUUCAUGUAAUGUCCUGUUUGCUUUUAGAGAACUGAGCUUGUUGUUGAAUUGAACGGCUGCGAGGUUUGUGCCUCUGAUUGUGUGAACUUUAAUAUAUUGUGAGGUUGAUUUUAAACGUUUUUUUUUAUUAUUAUUUUUUUUUUAUUUGUGCCCGAAACUUUUGUUUUUGUUGUGUGGGAGGAAGGAAUGUCAACGUGACUCUGCCAAAGAUUCUCUGGUCCGAUGUUUUUUGAUUAUUAUCACCUGUGGGAAAAGAACAAUAUCUCAUAGAAAACGUCAUUAAAGUUUUUAUUUUUUUUUU